CUGUCUUUCAGUUUGAAUUGAUGAUUAUCCGCAUCGAACUCAACGCACACGCACAGUCAUAUAUAUAUAUAUAUAUAUAUAUAUAUAUAUUAGUUAAAUAUUAGAAGCGGAUCAAAAUUCUCGCGUGUCGUUGUGAAAGCACGACAGAAUCCUGGAGUUUAGAAAUCUAGAAAUAUCUGAUGCGCGAUAUUCUUCGUGACUGUAACUGUUACAGACGAGAGAAAAAGAGAUCUGAUCUCCAGUCAGUAAAAUGGGGGAGCAGCCCAUCUUCACCACCAGAGCUCAUGUCUUCCAGAUCGACCCCACCACCAAGAAGAACUGGGUUCCGGCCAGCAAACAGGCCGUUACAGUCUCCUAUUUUAAUGACAGCACACGCAACAGCUAUCGCAUCAUCAGUGUGGACGGGUCAAAGGUCAUCAUCAACAGCACAAUCACCCCCAACAUGAACUUUACUAAAACAUCGCAGAAGUUUGGUCAGUGGGCUGACAGUCGGGCGAACACGGUGUUUGGACUCGGCUUUGCCUCUGAACAACAGCUGUCCAAGUUUGCUGAGAAGUUCCAGGAAGUGAAAGAGGCGGCGAAACUGGCCAGAGAGAAAUCUCAGGAGAAUAUGGAGACGUCCAGUAAUCAGUCACAGGAAUCUGGGCGUGAAACUCCAGUUGCCAAUCAGGUGUCCAGCCUUAACGGAACCGACGAUGAGAAGAUUUCACACGUUGGCCCAGAGACUCCAGAGCAGAAGAGCGAGAAUGACCUCCUGAAGUCUGUUGUGGAUCAGAGAAAGCUGGAAACGGAGCUGCAGACGCUGAAGGAGAGCAACGCUCGUCUGGUGGACGCGCUUCAGGAAGCAAAUAGCAACACAGACAGCUGGAAGAGUCAAGUGAGCAAAUGUCAGGAGGAGAACACCGAGCUGAGGAAGCGAGUCUCAGAGCUGGAGGUUCAGUGUCAGGAGGUGAAUGUGGAGAGAGAGAGAAACGCUCAACUUACCGUCAGGAUUCAUGAACUGGAAGUGGAUCUACAAGACAAACAGCAGGAACUAGAGAACCUUCGCAAACAGGCAGAAAUUAUUCCACAGCUCAUGACCGAGUGUGAGAGCAUUACAGCCAAACUACAGGCGGCAGAAGUGACCAACAGAGACAUGAGUGAGAACAUGAAGCUUCUACAGGCUGAAAUCGACACCAACCAGCAGAAAGAGAGAAACAUGAAGAUGGAACUGAAAAAGUUCAUGGAUGUUCUGGACGGAAAGAUCGAUGAGUUACAUGACGUUCGCCAGGGGAUGUCUAAACUGGGCAUUGAUAACUAAACACACACACACACACACACAUUCUCUGUGUGUGUGUGUGUGCGCGUGUUUGUCAUGUAUGACUAUUGAUGGUCUGUCAGAUGAGUCACACACACGAGUGUAUUCUGGUACUGUUGGACUGAAGGGAGAUCUCAGGGCUUCAUGCAGUGUGGAAUUGUUUGAUAUGCACACACAUGCAUUAACUGCAAAAUCACAAAGUGCCUGACGGUGGCGCUCUCUGGAGUGUCCACCAGCCCACUGGUGAUAAUCUCUCAUGGGGUUUGUUUGAAGGAAAAAUGUCCCGUUUAAGAUGAGGCUGAACAGCCGAUUCUGCAAUAUUCGCCUCAGGCAACAGGACGCCGCUGUGUGUUUGUUUUUGCAUAAAGAAUAUUCUUUCUUAUUCUGCUGAAAUGAUGAUAAUAUGAGCCAAAUCUGCUACAAUGUUAAAGAAAUGUUGCUUGUAUGGUGCAGGUUGUUUGUGAUGUGCCCCUCCCCACCUCUGCUGAUCCUGCGUGCGUGUGUGAUAUCAGUUGGGUGAUGGGAUAAUUUGUAUGUGUGCUUUUUUUAGAAAAAUCUCUGCCUUUCCUGAGUCUUUGAUGGAAGGUUAGAGUCUUUCGGCUCUGCGGGUUUGUUUCUUUAAGCUUCACAUUGUGGCUAGUGUAUUAACACGUGUAUUGCUGUCACACCCACACACACACACACUUGUACUGAAAACUUUAAAGACACUUGACACUUUCCCUCUCUCUGAAUCAAACUUUUGUUGAUCAAAAUUGUAAAAUGAAUAAUUGUUGAAAUAUAGUUUCUAAAGGAAAUCUGUGUGCUGUGAUUUUUUUUUUACGGCUGU